AUGGGAGAAUUCGCAGCGACAGAAGGCGUCGAGCCGUACGACAGCUACUCACGGCUGGAGCCGUUCUCGCCGACCGAGACGGCUAUGGACCGGGACCUUCGGCUCCGCCUCAGGGACUUUUACCGGACGAGCGACAACAAGGAGCUGAACGAGCAAUGGCUGGCGUUCUUCACGCCGGACGCGAGAGUCAAGAUUGGACCGCAGGCGGCCGAGAAGCACGAGAACCUCCGGCAGCUGCGGACGGAGAUGUGGGGCUCAGUCGCGGCGAGGAAGCACUGGAUCACGAGCGCAAUCGGGUCAGUAACCGAGCAGGGUGUGCACGUCAUGUUGAAGGGUGGUGUCAGGAGAAAGGGGCUGGAUGGAAGUGAGAACGUGUUUAGUUGGGCUGGGAGUGCGGCAUGGCAGAAGCACGAUGGUGAAUGGCGAAUGGAUGAUUAUCGGGUCUGGCUGGACCAGUGGGCUCCGAUUGAGGGGCCACUGCCUUCUGAGUCCAACUUUUGA